AUGAGAGUAUCUCUGGUUCAAGGUGAGUACGCCGGGGCUGGCUCCUCCAGCAUCUUCUCCGUUCUGAGCAGCAGGGCGGUGGUGAAACAGGAGCGCCUGAAGGAUGUGGUAGGGAACUGCGACUACCAGAUCAACAACUACUUGGACCACCGGUACAGACCAAGGCCUGUGGAGGAGAUCAUCAGUUCUGCGAAGGAGAAGGUUGGUGAGGAGAUGGAAUACUGUGUUCUGACCAAAAACUGUGAGCACUUUGUCACUGACCUCAGAUACGGCACACCAUGCAGCAGACAGGUGCAAGUGGCCCUGAUUGGAGGAAGUGCAACUAUGGCACUUGGAUUUCUGACUGUGGUUGGAUGCUCAGUUUUGAAUAGGAGAAGCCAAAACCAGUGA